UGAGAGCGACAACAACCGGAAAAAAUGUAAACACAAAUCGUUUAGUCUGCUUUGCUUUCUCUUCUAAGUCGUAUUCGACUUCGACCUUAAUCUAAAAUGACUAGUUUCCUUCGAAAAUGUAAAAUGUUAUACGACCCAGUGUUAAAGGGUUACAGGUCCCAAAUAUCCUGUGUCCGGUGUCAGAGUCAAACACUUCAGCAUGACAUGGAUAGGUCUUCCAUGACAAUCUUGAAUGAAGAAACAAGUGGGGGUCUUUUGAUUAAUUCUUACAGUCGGGUUGGCUUCAGACUGAAUAAUGGAAUGAUGGCUUUUGGGCCAAUAGCAAUUUUUCCUAAAUCAAUAUUGAGCUGGAAUGUUCAAAGUGCUGAAGACAUAAAUGAGGAUUCAUUAUCACUGUUUUACACUCUGGAGCCAAAAAUUGACAUACUCGUCAUUGGUAUUGGUGAUCCCGAUCAAAAAGUUAGUCAUAACAUUAUUAAAUACAUGAAAGACAAGAAGAUCAAUCUGGAAAUUUCAACAACUGAAAGAGCUUGUGCAACGUUCAACUUUCUUAAUGUUGAAGGACGAUGUGUUGCAGGUGCUCUGAUUCCACCUACAAAAUAUCGAAUUAACGAAGAUGAUAUCGUAUCAACACAGCGGCAAAACCGAAAACUUAUGACAGUAGACGAAUAUCAAAUCAUUUAGAUACUAUUUCAUGUAGAACAAAUUGAAGCGCAAUUAAUCUAAAUAAAGAUGUUUAAAAAAUGUAA